AUGCACGACACCAAUGGCUAUCAUUCAUCAGAACAAGAGCCACAUGUCAACGGUCAUCAUGUCAAAGGCGAAGAUAACCUCGAUACCCCUCCGCCGCGAGAUACUCCCUUGGACAAUGGAAUCGACGGUCGAACCAAAGUUGAGGAGUCCGAGACGCCGCCAGCCAAGAGACGGAAGCUUGCAGAUACCAAUGGGUCCAUCAAACUGCCGCGACCAAUCUCGCCGCCGUGGAAGAGAGUUGCUGCCGAAGGCCCUACCUCCUUCACUCUUGAUGGCCGAAGAAAAUCUGGACGGACAAACGCCGUACCUCUGGAAUUGCAGCCACAGUCAAAGACCAGGCAGACCCGAGCCGCCUUCGGUAAAGCCGCCGGCGACCAAAAAUCGCAGAAGCCUACUUACAGCGUCAGUCAAAGGAAGCAAACAGCAACCCAGCAACCGAGUAUCAAGACCACUCCAGCGUCGGCUUCUACUAAGCGCGUCGUAACGCCCAAGAAUAAUAAAGAAUCACAUCAUGCGCCACGAGCGCGCUCCAAAUCGCAUCAGAGAUCGCGGUCAAAGUCUGGCAGCAUGCCAUCUAAGACCUCAAAAGUGGCAGAGUUGGAGGCUCAGCUCGCAGCACUGAAGAAUGCUCGCCGCACGAUGACUAAUGGUCAUGAUCAAGAGUCAACCGACGAGAGCUCCGAGGAAUCAGACGACUCAGCGGCCUCAGUACAGCACUCAUCCACACCACUGCAUCUUCGGAAGGUCAAUUUCCGCGUCCAUCUGCCCAAGCCAACGAUCGUUACACCUGCGAACAUACCGACGGGCAAGAAAUAUGUUACGUUUGAGGAGUUCCUAGCGAAGGACGACACAGAGUACCGCUUGGGCGUGGACGUCUUGUCAACGGAACAGAUACAAAGGGAAGCGGCGAUGCGCAAUAGAGUAUAUCAAGCGCGAAAGCGAGGGGGCGUGCUACAUGGAAAUACAUCUCGUGCAUCCAUCAACGCCAGCAAGCCCAUCAAUUUUGAUCAUCAAUACUCUCAUCGCGACCACCUCAACGUACAUGCCGGCUAUUUCUACAAGUUGAUGGUCAGCGAGCACCGAACACACAAGAAGCAGGCGGAGAUCAUCGCACAUGAAGCCAAACGCUACGUCGAGGCAAAAGCUCUUCAGAACAGGGUCAAGACGGUCGAGGAGCUUGAGCAUGAAGCUUUCCUUGUGCGCCGUGCGGCGUAUCGGACUGUUGUCAAAGACGUCGAUAAGCUAUGGGCUGCUGUUCUGGAUGAAGUUGAAGCUAUGCGUCGCAAAGAAUACGAAGAUGAAAAGCAGGCCGAGAACAAGCGUCACCUCGAACGAGUCCUGGAUCGUACAACCCAAAUGCUGGCCGCCGACGCAGAAGACUCAAUCUUAGAUAGCGCCGAUGCCACUGACGAGGACUCUGAGAAUGACGAUGGCAUUGACGGUAGCGACGAUGGAAGCGACAACAGUGAGCAAAUGUCGGAUUCAACCUCUGACUCGAGCAGCCAUGCUGCGCCUGAGGACAACGAUGCAGAUCUGAGUGUGGAACAGCUUCGAGCGAAAUAUGAGAACCUACCGGAUCUGGAGAAAUCCAUGGAUGCUGAUGUAGACAUGGACUCCAAUCCUGCAAGCCCUGCCGUUGAUGACGAUGAGAGCGAUCCCGAGACGGAAAUGGACAGCGAAUUCGACUCUGACGGAAGCGAGGACGAUGAUGAGGAAUCGGGCUCGGAUGCGGAAGAAGCAGAGGAGGACAGCCGUGGCUUGCUUGGUCUGUUCUUCUCCAAGAAAGAGCUGAAGGAAGCUGCUGCUGACGAAGAGCCCUCCACGCCUACCGUCGGGGAUGAUGAGGCUAAGGAUACCUCUGAGCAAGCGACUCGUUCUUCUCCACUGAUAGAAGAGUUGCCUACGGAUGCCGACACUCCGAUGCAGGAAGCUGUGAACGGUGCAGGGGACGACGAGACUAUGGGACGCGCCACUGAAGAUGCCGAGCCCACACAAGAUCGUUCUGAAACACAGCAAGCCGUUGCCAAGGCUGAAAUUGCGAUGACGCCAGACCGUCAGAUCGGUGAGAGUCCUAGUAGCGCAGCGUCACCACAAACUUCAGUCACCGGCAAAGCCUCGGCUCCAGAGUCGAUGUCUUCAGUCGAGCCACCAGUGGACCCACUGCCACAAGAGGCCAACGAGGACAAGACUUCCAGCAUCAAGACGCCGGUGCCUAAGCUGCUACGUGGUGUGUUGCGAACCUACCAACAUGAAGGCCUGGACUGGAUGGCCACAUUGUACGCCAACGGACGAAGCGGGAUACUUGCUGAUGAGAUGGGCCUCGGAAAGACCAUUCAGAGCAUUGCCUUACUAGCUCACCUGGCGGAAGUUCACGAAGUUUGGGGACCUCACCUAAUCGUUGUGCCAACCAGCGUGAUGCUGAAUUGGGAGAUGGAGUUCAAAAAGUUCUUGCCUGGCUUCAAAAUUUUGACCUACUAUGGCUCAAUCGAGGAACGGAAAAACAAGCGCCGCGGCUGGCUGGAUGAGAACAGCUUCAACGUCUGCAUCACGUCGUAUCAGCUGGUCUUGCAAGAUCAAGCUUCCUUCAAGAGACGAGCAUGGCAGUACAUGAUUCUGGAUGAAGCCCACAACAUCAAGAACUUCCGUUCAGAUCGAUGGCAGACUAUGAUGACGUUCAACACCCAGGCUCGACUAUUGCUCACCGGCACGCCUCUUCAGAACAAUUUAACAGAACUUUGGUCAUUGUUGUUCUUCUUGCACUAUGGCCAAGAAACGAAUGACCAGGAUGAUGCAUUUGCUGGCCUGAAGGAAUGGUCUGAAUGGUUCAAGAAACCCGUCGAAUCGAUCAUGGAGCAGAACAAGCAAGUUCUAGAUGCAGAAGACAAGGAACAGGUGUCAAAGCUUCACAAAGUCAUCCGUCCGUUUCUGCUGCGUCGUCUGAAAGCCGACGUGGAAAAGCAGAUGCCCCUGAAGUACGAACACGUUGAGCUUUGUCGGCUCUCAAAACGCCAGCGUCAGCUCUACGAUGGCUUCAUGUCAAGAGCGCAAACCAAAGAGACGCUUGCUUCUGGCAACUACUUGUCGAUCAUCAAUGCCCUUAUGCAGCUACGGAAGGUGUGCAACCAUCCCGAUCUGUUCGAGACACGACCGAUCAACACGUCUUUCGCAAUGUCAAAGUCGGUUGCUUCCGAUUUCGACAUCCAGAACCUUUUGAUCCAACGAAGGACGCAGAAAGCUAUGGCUGACAAAGUCAAUCUCGACUUCUUGCAGCUCGUGCCCAUAUGCCGUGAGAACCUUUCGUAUAUCGACUACCACGAAUCUACAGGACAUCAUGCCUUCCACCAGAUCAAGAGCCUGCGCGACAAACAAAAUCGACGAAUCGACCAUCAGGGUAUAUGGUCCGGCGAGAGUAGGUUGAGUGUUCUGCAAUCACUCGACAAUGUCAAGAAGCAAGCUCGCUAUAGACAGCUUGAUCAGCUCAUGUACCAAGAAGCAUAUCGGCAUCAUGCUCAUCCGGUCUAUGGACGCGGACUUAUCGAGAAACUCACAUGCGAGACGACUUACGACAAAUUGGCCCAUCUAUCGAGCGAUAGAAUCAUGACGAAGUUCUGGGAGCGCGAGAUCCCGGUUGAGUCGCUGCAACUCGUACAAUCGAUCGACAAUCGUUCACGGGCCAUGCAGCCGCUCGUGGAGAAGUACGCUUGUAUCACUCCGGCAGCUGUGGCCAAUGACAUGAGCUCUCUGGCGGUCACUGACGCAGGCGCUGUGGCAUUGCGACAAACGCCCGCUGCUCAGGGUUCAGAUCCGUUUCAUGAAGCCCGGAUGAAGCUGUCGAUUGCCUUUCCCGACAAGAGGUUGCUGCAGUACGAUUGUGGGAAGUUGCAGCGACUGGACCAGCUCCUGCGCAAGCUACAAGCCGGCGGACAUAGGGCACUGAUCUUUACGCAGAUGACAAAGGUUCUCGACAUCCUGGAGCAGUUCCUCAAUAUCCACGGACAUCGGUACCUGCGACUCGACGGCGCGACAAAGAUCGAGCAGCGACAAUUGUUGACUGAACGCUUCAACAACGACAAACGCAUCCUGGCUUUCAUUCUCUCCUCGCGAUCUGGUGGGCUCGGCAUCAAUCUGACCGGUGCAGACACGGUCAUCUUCUACGACUUGGACUGGAAUCCGGCCAUGGAUAAGCAGUGUACUGAUCGUGCUCAUCGAAUUGGCCAGACUCGUGAUGUACACAUCUACAGAUUCGUCUCUGAGCACACCAUUGAGUCCAAUAUUCUGCGCAAAGCAAAUCAGAAGCAGCUUCUGGAUGAUGUGGUCAUUCAAGAGGGUGAUUUUACGACAGACUAUUUGAACAAAACCACUUAUCGGGACAUGCUCGAUGACGCCCCUGACGAUGAUGAUGUCGCCGGAGCAGCCAUGGAUCGUGUGCUUGGCAACGAUCGGACGAAUGCUACAGCAUUCGAGCAAGCAGAGGAGAGAGAGGACAUCGUCGCCGCGAAAGAAGCCGCCAAAGAAGAUCAACAUGCCGACGACGGCGACUUCGAGGAGAAAGCUGCGGCGACAGAGGCCUCCAGCAAAGCUCAGACUCCUGGUCCAGGUGCUGAAGUUAACGACGACGAGGCCGAGCAUCAUAUCGACAAUUACAUGAUCAAGCUCCAGAGAUUCUUGCUGAGAGAUGUGCCUCUUGCACCACCGAAGGAUAGGAGCAAGAAGGGGAAGCGGUAUAGGGAUGAGCAUCGCGUUAGACGGCGAUGA